UUAACUAAACCAAUAAAGCAGGCUUCUUGAAGUUGUUGCAUUUUCAAUCAAAUAAAAAUGUAGUGUUACUGUAUUGGCACCAUUUCUGGAGACAAAAAGGAUCAAAUCUUUUAAGCACCCACAUGAUUAUUAGAUGCCGCACGUUCAGUAGAACCUUUUGUUGGCCAAAUGUGUAACAGGUUUACAAGUUCCAAAAAGAUCCAGCCGUGCAACACAUGCUGAUUUAAUUUGGCAAUCUCUCAUCUUAUCUCCUCCUUAUGGUGUUCUGACUAUAAAUACCUACUCUAGUUUUACUAUUCCAUCAUCAGUUUGAGAUAUCCCCUCAUUAGAAAAAAAAAACCAACAACAAUAAGAAAUGGAUUCUCUUUCUUCAAAACCCAAUCACGUUCGAUCAAUUAGUUUGCCCGGGAGAUCACACCCUACCACCCAGAGAGUUGAAGAGGAGCUCAACAAGCUCAAAUCAUUGGAAGUAUCAGCUGCACCAGCAGCUGUGAGCAAUGGUUUAAUCGGUUUGGAGAAAUUGUACAAGUGCAUAGAUGAUCUUCUCAACUUGCCUCAAAUACUUCAAGCCCUCUCUCAGAGUCUAAAUGCAAAAUGGCUAGACGAUUUAUUGGAUAAAUCAGUGAGGCUUCUUGAUCUUUGUGGCACAAUAAGGGAACUCGUCUCACAAUGUAAAGAAAAUGCAAGAGAUUUACAAUCAUCUCUUAGAAGGAGAAAAGGAGAUUCAACUACAGAUGACAGUGUGGAAAGAUUUACCUCUUUCAGUAAGAAGAUCAAGAGGGACGCCAAAAGAUCUGUCUCAACUUUGAAACAAAUGGAUCAAGAGACUGCAGUAUUGGUCUUGCUAGAUGCAGAUCAAGAUACAGUAGCUGUGAUUAGAGCACUAAAAGAAGCUAAUGCAGUAUGUCUUUCAACUUUCCAAAUGCUAUUAUCCUUCUUGUGUGUGCCUCUUUUGAAGCCUAAGCCAUCAAAAUGGUCUUUGCUUUCAAGAUUGGUGCAAAAAGAAAGAAUAGCAUCUGAAUACCACGAAGAAAACAUGAGCUUGGAAACAAAGCUGGAAACUUUCGAGGCUUACCUUGACAGCUUUGAAGAUGGAUUGGAAGCAACAUUUAGGUGUCUCAUUAGAUGUAGAAGCUCGCUCCUCAAUAUUUCCUCCUCCUAAUCUGUCAGUUGUUAUUCCACACACUGUAAAUUGUAUAUAAACAGUUUUGUAGUUAUGCUAGAAAUACACAAAUCUCAAGUGAA